CGCGGAGCCCGAGGAUGCUGCCCUGACAGCGGCAUCCCCGGGCAGGUGACCCCGCGGUCCCCACCAUGGCUGCGGCCCCCGGAGGGAUCCCCGCGGAGCUGCAAGAGGGCAUCACCACCCUCCUGGGGACAAAGAAGGUGCUCCUGGAGCUGAGUGUCCAGCUGCAGGUGAAGUCCAAGUAUGACGACUUCAUCUUGGUGCUGACGCCCUGGAGAGCGUACGUGCUGCCGGCGGUGCUGCCGGUGAGGGUUCACAGCAGCUUCAGCUUCCUGGAGGUGAGGGAGAUGACAGUCCAAGAGCCCAGUGUGGUUGUCAUAGAAACAGAUGCAGCAUCUUACGCCUUCCGGUUCAUGUCCCUGGAUGAUUUGGAGCAAGUUGUUAUCCAUGUCACCAUGUCACUUAAGAAGGUCUUUCCAGACUCAUCCCUUGGGACACUGCUCAAGAACUCCCCUCCCAGCCUGUAUGAGAGGAUCCAGCAGAUCCUGGACUCGCUGGAGGAAAUGCUGCAGAGCAGCCCUGGGCCCUGUGGGGGUUUUUCGGAGACCUACGCUGCGCUGUGCGACUACAACGGCUUCGCCUUCCGCGAGGAGAUCCAGUGGGAUGUGGACAACAUUUACCACAGCCAGGACUGCCGGGAGUUCAACCUGCUGGACUUCAGCCACCUGGAGAGCCGGGACGUGGCUCUGAGCGUCGCUGCCUUGUCCUUCAACCUGUGGUUCACCAAGCUCUCCUGCAAGGACUUCAGGCUGAACCAGGAGAUUUCGGAGCAGCUGCUCUACAUGCUCAGCAAAUCGGUGACGCUGGAGGAGCUGGUGCUGGAAAACAGCGGGUUGAAAGCCGACUUUGUGCAGAGGAUGGCCCAGGCUCUCAGCAGCCAUCCCGACUCUGCCCUGCACACCAUCAACCUCUCUGGCAACCAGCUGGAAGACAGAGGGAUUGCUGCCUUCAGCCGCCACCUGGAGAAGAGUUCCAAGGGUCUGCAGAGCCUCAGCUUGGCCAGGACGACGCUCACAGCCAAAGGAAUGAGCACGUUGUGCAAGGCCCUGGCAGAUAACAAAGCCAUUGGAUUGUCCCUCCAGCACUUGGACCUCUCUGGAAACCCCGGCACCCUGGCUGGGGAUGACAUCAGCAACCUGCAGAGCCUCCUCCGCCAGUGCCACUCCCUCUCCCACCUCAGCCUGGCUGGCACGGACUGCCCUUUGGAUGCUCUCUUUGGAGCCCUGGUCCACGGGUGCCACAACAGCCUCAUCCACCUGGAUCUCUCCAAAAACCUGUACUCCCACAGGAGGGUGAAAACCAUCUCCCCUGACAUCAAGGAGUUUUUCAGCCAGGCCUGUGCCCUCAGGCACGUCUCCCUGGCGGGCACCAAGCUGCCUGCCGACGUGGUGAGGGCGUUGCUGCAAGGACUGGCAGACAACAGCCACAUCAGUGACCUGCACCUGGACCUUAGCAGCUGUGAGCUGAGAUCAGCUGGGGCCCAGGUCAUCCAGGAUCUCAUCCCUGAUGCCAGCUCCAUCAGCAGCCUGGACUUGUCUGACAAUGGCUUUGACCCCAACAUGGUGACACUGGUGCUCUCCAUUGGCAGGAGCAAGUCCAUCAGCCACGUCUCUCUGGGGAAGAACUUCAACAUCAAAUCCAAGGAAGGACUGUUGGAUGUCUUGCACCGCAUCGUCCAGCUCACCCAGGAGGAGGAUUGUCCUCUCCAGUCGCUCUCCGUGGCUGAAUCGCGCCUCAAACUGGGGACCAACGUGCUGCUGAGCGCCCUGGGCAGCAACACCAGCCUCACCGCCCUGGACAUCAGCGGCAACGCCAUGGGGGACACGGGGGCCAAGAUGCUGGCCAAGGCCCUGCAGAUCAACACCAGGCUCAGGACCGUGGUUUGGGACAGGAACAACACCACUGCCCACGGGCUCCUGGAGGUGGCUCAAGCUUUGGAGAGGAAUUACACCCUCAAGUCGAUGCCGCUGCCGAUGAGCGACGUGGCGCAGGCCUAUCGCAGCCACCCCGAGAGAACGGAGCAGGCCGUGCACAAGCUCCAGUCCUGCCUCACCAGGAACCAGCUGCGGCAGACGCUGCCGGCCCAGACCUUCCGGCUGCAGCAGGGCAUCCUCACCACCUCCUCUGAACAGAUGGUGAAUGAGAUCUGCCUGAGCGUGCAGAAGCACGUCGACAUCCUCAGCACCUGCCGGGGCAGGGAGGUGGAGGCGGACAUCGCCUGUGCGGAGGAGGCCAUCAGGAACGCCAACCUGUCCGUCAGCAUCCUCCCCCUCCUGUAUGAAGCGGGAAACACCCCCUACCAGAACGGCAAACUGCAGCACAAGCUGGAGUGUCUCACGGAGGAAGCGUCGCAGACCUGUGGCCGGGAGAUCCAGGCGAUCAUGCAGGCGGUGCUGGACACGGCGCACAGCCUGUGCCCGGCCGUGGUGCAGAAGAGCGGGGUCAGGGAUCAGCUGGUCAAUGCCAUGUCAGAGGGGAUCUGCCUCCAGGACCACCUCAGCCUCAGUGCUGUCCUGGACCAGAUGGUCACUGAUGUCUUCAGCAAGCUGAAUGAAAUCAAGCUGUCCAUCACAGCUGCUGCGGCCGACUGCAUCGUGGAUGCUGUGCUGGGAGACCUGACCAUCGCCCAGUGCAAACUGGCAGAGAGCCUCUCCAAGCAGGGGCUCGACCUCCUGGUGCUGCUGCCGGAGUCGGCUGAGGACGAUGCCGCCGCGCUGGCGAGGGGCAAGAAUCCUCCGGACCUCGCCGCAGAGGAGUACAAGAUGGCCCUGCGGAGGAAAAACAAGCAUUUCAGGAGCAUUCGGCCCACGCCGAGCGUGAGAAGUAAGGUCACCGUGGAACUCCCCGCCGCGCCGCCGGCACGCCCUGCCUCCACAAAGGAUGCUGAGCCUGCGAGCGGCUCGCUCCCCGCCACGCAGCCUGCCACCGCCACCGGCUCCCUUAUGGACCUGCCGACCGCCGGCGAGAAGCUGGAGCAUUGCACCAAAGCCAGGCCCCGGCCCAACCGCCGGCACAAGCAGCCGCCCAGCAAGCCCAAUGUGCAGCCCGUGGCCUGCGAGAACAGUGAGGACAGGAGCAUCACCCGUGUGGACGAGGGGCUGGAGGACUUCUUUGCCAAGAGGCUCAUCACAGAAGCACUGCCCCCUGCAGCUCCAGAGACCUGCCCAGGAUCAGCCCCUCUGGCUCCCUCCGGCUCCCGCACCCUCAAGAAGAAAAUCGGGAAUUUUUUUGCCUUCAAGAAACCCAAAUCCAGCCGGGGCUCGAGGUGUGAGAAGGAGCCCGAGGGUGGUCCCGCUGCCCCCAGGAGCAGGCGCUCGAUGCUCAGUGACAUUUUACGAGCCCCCAGCAAGGCGGGCGAGGCGGGGAAGCCCCUGAGUAAAUCAGAGGAGGGGGGACUCGCCGAGCCCCAGGGAGAGCCCGAGCACUGCCAGACCCCCGACUCUGCCCGAAGGAUCCGGCCCAAGUACUCUCGGGAGGGCAAAUCCCAGUCACUCAUCUUGCUGUCCGGGGAGGACGAGGAUGCGCUGGGGGUCAGGCAUGACAAGAAGAGGCACCUGGAGAAGAGUGAGGGGGAGCUGUCCAGCUCCUUCGAGCAGCGCGUGCAGGUCAUGCUCCACCGCAUCGGCGUCACCAAGGGCCCGGCUGCUGAGAGCAAGAAGCUGCAGAACAAAGACAGCGAGAUCAAGAAAGCCGGCUCAGACGGGGACAUCGUGGACAGCUCUGCGGACUCUCCCCCAUCUCUGAAGGCCCGCACACACUCCGUGUCCACAGACGCACCCUUCCGCAGCCCGGCCGCUGCGAUGGAGCCCAGCGCCGAGCCCCGGCCAGCCUGGAAAGCCCUGGGAAGGCAGCUGCCGGCUGAGCCGCUGGGCACCAGCUCCGACCAGCCCCGGCACUCCUUCAUCCUGCCCGAGCCCAGCGGGCUGCUGGAGCCCGGGGGCCGGGAGGGCUGGAGCAGCAGCCUGCCGCGGCUGGGCAGGAACGUGCCAGCGGCGCUGCCGCGGAGGGUCAGCCACGGUGGGGAGGUGGGUGCUGGCAGCCCCCUGCCCACCCUGCCCGCGCCGCCCGACACCGAAGACAACCGGCACAUGGCACGGCUGGCAGCGCCACGGGGGACCGGCCGCCGAGCUCUGUCCGUCCACGAGGAGCAGCUCAGGGAGCCCGAGGGCCCAGCAGAGCUGGGAAUGGGCACCGUUCCCCUGCGCCUGCGGCGGUCGCCUGUGCUCAGGCACAGGGCCAAGCACGAGUCCCUCUCAGAGAUGGAGGGUGAGGCCGGACCAUCCUCAGAUGCUGAAGGUGCCACGCCGCAGGACUGGCCCCGUGCCGGGCCGGAGGAGCCGCAGGCUGGCACAGGCACUGACGGCGAGCGGCCGCAAGCCCUGGCACAAACUGUUGGGAAUGCACAAGACUCAGCUGCCGUAGACCAAAGACGCCCGGUGCCAGGCCGGGAGGAGCCGGCCCUGGGACAGUGAAGCCCCUGCAUGUCACCACACUGUUCCCGAUAAAACCCUGCAAGCAAGUGCACGGUGCCGGGGUGCUUGGCAGCUGGGGUGCGGAGAGAUGGGGCACCAGGCUGGCGUGGAUGUGCCAACGAUGGCCUCGCCCAACUUGUGCCACGGGGACGAGCCAGCAUCGCCCAGGAUGCCCAGGGACCGUGCCAGAGCCUGCAGGACGCAUCGAGCGGUGUCGCGGUGCCCGCUGCCGCCGUGGGCUGCAGGGGGGAUGAAAGCCGGUGAUUUUCGGCAGCCAGCUAUUUUUAGGACGUGUUCCCAAGGCGCUUUCACCGCUCCAGCUCCUCGCCCCAUGGGGUACCGCUCUCUCCAGCCCCAGCAAGAGACGCAGGCUUCCAUCAGCGGGACCACGACCCCCCAGCAUUCCAGCACGCAGCUCCAGCCCCGCAGCUCCCCGGCGGCACCAGCGCCAUCCCGGCACCCCAGUGGCUUUCUCCUGCGCUGCCCUUCGCUCCGGACCAAACGCGUUCCUUACACAGAUGUUUACGACAAAGCAAGAUGCUUGUUUUGGUCUGUUUUUAUUU